CUCUUUCUUCCUUCGUCCCGCUCCUCUCCCUCCCCAACCCUUCCUGACUACCACCACCACCACCACCACCACAAACAACACCAUCCACCAGUCCCACUACUACCGUCUCCAUCCUCUUGCCGCCCCCUCUCCCAUCCUGGAGCUCUCCAUCGUGUCCGCCAUUCAUCACCACCUGGAUUCCCCCCAUGAGGACCGAUUCUCACCUACCGCCACUCCUUUAGGAGGACCAUGCGCUAGUGAGGGAGCUUCUCGCGCCGGGGGCAUCUUGCAACCUCAGCUGUCUUCAUCUCGGCCUACUAGUGUCCAGGAGACUGCCCAUGGCAACACCAUGUUCGAUGCCCAAUCCGAUGCUCUUUCAUCCACCUUGGCUUAUGUGACCUGUAUGUGCGCGCACGGCUCUCUUUUUUCUUCUUUUUUUCUUCGACCCCGACUCCUUUAUGUCCCAAUUUUUCGCCCUGUCUUCCUCCGUUUGCUCCUUUCGGGUCAUUUUGUGCGUGUUUACUUAAUUGGCAAAUUAAUUGCCGAAUCGCCUUUCCCCUCCCACCCCCCUGUCCUACGCAUCGAUAUUGGUUUUCUUCAUGCGAUCAAUUCCUGUCCUUUCCCCAAUAGUAUAGCCACCAAGUCCAACUAACUACGUGCUAACGGCUCGGCCUUGAUUUCUGGCUCGUCAGGCUUGAUCCCCUCAUCCGUUCAGGCAACUACACCAUGUGAGGCCGCGCCUCAAUCUUCUACUCCGGUUGCGACUUCUAGCAUGUCUCCCAUGCUCCUUUCUCCCGACGCAAUGGCGGGUCGCACCAUAGGUGAGUCUGGCGAUUUGGAUCGCCCGAUUUCGCGUGUCGCAAGCCCCGUCUGCUCCCAGGAUGGACAUUCCCAGGAAAACAACCAUGGCGCCCUGCCUACGGAGCUGCCCAAGGUAUCCUUUGAGGAGUUGGCCGUUAGUUAUCGUCAGAAUCAACAUAAUCAGAGUCGUCGGAAGUCAUUGGAGCACCGUCUCCAUGCCCUCAAGGUUUCAAUGGGGAUUUCGGCGCGCUUCGUCCGCGUCAGCUCAAUCGUCCAACGAGGCUUGGUCGACCGCCUCAAACACGAUGACAAGCCCACUUUUGUUGCUCUCUAUCAUACCCUGGUAGACCUCCAGGAAUCGUGCGAUUCCGCUUUCCGGCGCAACUUCCACCGGCAGGAUCCGUUGGAAGAAUGGUCGCCCAUCCGCGAGUCCUCCGUGGACCGUUCCCCGGACUUUUUCCUUCAGUUGAG